AUGGCUACAAAUUGCAAUAUUAUUGCUACCUUUCUUUCUACAUCUUGCUUACUCUUAUUCAUCCACAUCUCAUCUGCAGAAUGGUAUACUCAUGGAGGAGACAUUAGCAACCGGCGUAACUUCGUCGGAGGAACCAUAAACCCAGUUUCGAUAAAAUUAGGCCUUUUGAAACAAAAAUGGAAAUUCCUUGCCGGGUUCGACAUAACCGCCACCCCAGCUGUGGCCGGCGGGGUGGUCUAUUUCCCGUCUUGGAAUGGGAAUUUGUACGCGGUCAACGCCCUCAAUGGUGCCCUAAUGUGGCAACAGAGUUUGAGACAGCUGACGGGAUUACCCCCCACGGGACGGUAUGGGAAUGCGACCGUCUCACGAUCGACUCCCGUUGUGGCCGGAGAUUCGUUGCUCAUCGCGAUUUAUGGGCCGGCCUGUGUCGUAGCCGUAACACGGGCCACAGGGCAGCUCCUGUGGUCCACUCAGUUGGAUCCGCGGCCAUUGGGCUUGGUGACUGCAUCCGGAACGGUAUAUGACGGGGCAUAUUAUGUGGGAGUAUCUUCGCUGGAGGAACUACUGCCAGCGGGAGAGUGCUGCACCUUCCGCGGCAGCAUGGUGAAGCUAGACGUGAGGACCGGAAGAAUCAUAUGGCAAACAUAUACUCUACCGGACAAUGGGGGCAGGACAGGUGGCUACUCGGGAGCCGCCAUAUGGGGCAGCAGCCCCUCAAUCGACCCAGUCCGGGGCCAUGUCUACGUGGGCACGGGUAACCUCUACCUGGCCCCGCCCGAUGUCCUUGACUGCCAAGCCCGACAGAAUAACCGCACCAACCCCCCAGCCCAGCCCGACCAGUGCUUCGGGCCCGACGUCCACUUUGACUCUCUGAUGUCGUUUGACAUGGGCACAGGAAGGAUUGUUUGGGCACGCCAGCUUGGGGGCUACGACGUAUUCUAUUUCGAUUGCCUGGAGCCCAACAAUACCGACUGCCCGCCCGGACCAAACUUGGAUGCCGAUUUUGGGGAGGCUCCGAUGGUGAUGAGAAUUGUGUCAGGCGGGAGAUUUCGUGAUGUCGUGGUGGCCGUGCAGAAGAGCGGUUUCGCAUGGGCACUCGACCGGGACAAUGGCGACAUAGUUUGGUUUACGAAAGCCGGACCCGGAGGCCUGGAAGGCGGUGGCGUGUGGGGGGCAGCCACCGAUGGGGCGAGCGUCUACACCAACAUAGUAAACAACGGCCGUCUACCGUUUGUCCUAAAGCCGUCUAACCGGAGCACCACGGCCGGCGGGUGGGUGGCGAUGGACGCCAACACGGGAAGGAUCCUGUGGACCACCGCAAACCCGAGCAACGAGACGGCCCAUGGGCCCGUCACGGUGGUCAACGGCGUAGUCUUCGCUGGGUCCGUGGCCCCCACGGGGCCGGUGUACGCUAUGGACGCCCGGACGGGGGAGAUCAUCUGGUCGUUCGAGACGGGGGCCACCGUGUAUGGGGGGGCCUCCGCCGGCUACGGCUGCAUUUACAUUGGGCACGGGUAUUCGGUGAGCCUCGCCAGGUUCCACCCGACUUGGAACACCGGGAAAUAUCUCUUUGCCUUCUGCAUCCCAUAA